AUCAAAUUAUGGAGUACUAUGUUCACUUCAAGCCUAUUUCUCACCUCUGUCUUCAUUUUCUCCUCGUGCUAUUUUCAUGUAUGGGGGCUGGGCUUUCGAGCAAUAUUGUGAAACAUACAUGCCUAGAGAAAGAGAGAGAAGCUCUUCUCAGCUUCAAACAAGAUCUUGCCGAUCCUUCUGGUAGGCUUGCCUCCUGGAUGGGUCAUGCUUGCUGUCAAUGGCAAGGGAUUUCAUGCAACAACCGAACGGGUCACGUUGAAAAGAUAGACCUCCGAAGUACAUACCACUCCUUUUUGGUGGGUAAGAUAAAUCCUUCUUUGAUUCACUUGAAACAUUUAUCUUACUUAGAUCUAAGCCAGAAUGAUUUUCAAGGUAUUCAACUCCCCAAGUUCAUUGGGCAGCUUAAGAGUUUGAGGUAUCUCAAUCUCUCCUGUACAUCAUAUGCGGGAGAGAUUCCCCCUUCUCUUGCUAACCUCUCAAACUUACAUUAUCUUGAUCUCAGUAAUCCUUUUUAUGAUUGUUAUUCCAAAAACAUGAAUUGGCUUUCUCAUCUCCGUUCCUUAAAGUACCUCAAUCUUGGAAGUGUGAACCUUAGCAGCACAGGAGUAGGUUGGUUACACGAUGUUAUCAUGCUUCCUUCACUCUUAGAGUUGCAUUUGUUUUAUUGCCACAUUGACAAAAGCCUUUUUCGUCUGUCACCCCUCAUGAUCAACUUCACAUCCCUUUUAGUCCUUGAUAUGUCCUCCAAUUUUCUUCAUUCUUCAUUUCCCAGAUGGCUUUUAAAUCUUAUUAGCCUCAAGUCCCUCGAACACCUAAACUUACGAGGUAUGGGCCUCCAAGGUCAAAUUCCUCAAGUCAUUGGACAUCUGUGCAAGCUAAAGAUGUUAAAUCUUGGGGGCAACGACUUCAACGGAGAUCUUCAAGAGUUUUUAAGUGGUUUCUCAAAUUGUCGAGAUAAUGGGAGGAUGGUAAGUGAAUUGCAGCAUCUUGACCUCCAUUUCAACUCUUUUUCUGGAUCAUUUCCAGAAUCUCUUCGACACUUACCAUCAUUGAAAACACUACACCUCUCUUCUAACCAUAUGAAUGGUUCCAUUAAUCCUCAAAUUUUGGGACAACUCUCUCAGCUAGUUGACCUAGAUUUGUCUAAAAAUUCAUGGGAAGGAGUUUUGACUGAAUCACAUUUCAUGAACCUCACGAGAUUGGAAACUUUUAGAAUAGGCACAAACAGACCAGCUUUGUCAUCAUCUCUCAUUUUCAAUGUGACUGAUGACUGGCUUCCCCCAUUCAAGCUCCGCACAGUUGACAUUCAAAACUGCAGAAUGGGUCCUGCAUUUCCGGUAUGGCUUCAAUCUCAAACUCAGCUAGUUGAUGUCCUCCUUGAUAAUACUGGAAUUUCUGGUCGAAUACCUGUGGAUUGGCUCUUGAAGAUAUCUUCCCAUGUUGAAUCUUUGCUUUUACCUAACAAUGACAUUGGUGGAAAACUUCCCUUCCAAUUCAAGUUUCUGAAAAUAACUGUCAUGGAUUUGCGUCAUAAUCAAUUUGAGGGCACACUCCAGCAGCUUUUGCCCACUAAUGUGCCUCUAUUAAGAGAAUUGUAUCUUUCUGAUAAUCAUUUGAAAGGAACUAUUCCACCUUCAAUUUGCCAAGUGCAAUAUAUGACAAUCCUUUCUCUGAGAAACAAUCAGUUUUCAGGAGAGUUCCCUCAAGAAUGGAGUAUGUGGAGAUAUUUAAGAGUUGUGGAUGUUGGAAACAACAAUCUCUCAGGUAACAUUCCGAGUUCAGUGGGCAUUCCACGUUCUCUUGGUGUAUUGAAGAUGAAUGACAAUAAUUUCGGUGGGGAAAUUCCUUUUGCGAUGCAAAAUUGCUCUAAUUUGACAGGUAUUGAUCUUGGUGGCAACAAACUCACUGGAAAACUACCUUUAUGGUUAGGGUCAAAGCUAUCUAAAUUGCAAAUUCUGCGAUUGCGAUUCAACUAUUUAAGUGGAAAUAUUCCUCAACAAUUGUGCAAUCUCAAAGAACUUCAUAUCCUAGACCUUGGUCAUAACGACCUUUCAGGGACCAUUCCCAAGUGUCUGAGUAAUCUGACUAGUCUCGCAUCUGGUUUGACCUCUUGGCAUCUUUAUGGUGAUUACGAUGAGCAAACAACAGUUAUCAUGAAAGGAGGAGAACAUACAUAUAGCAGUGAUCAUACUCUGAUGUGGGUAAUGAGCAUUGAUCUUUCGUCGAAUAAUUUAAAAGGCGAAAUCCCUGAAGAAAUAUGCGCCCUCAUCAGAUUGGUUUCCUUGAACUUGUCAAGGAAUCAAUUAGUCGGAAAGAUUCCAUCGAAGUUCAGAAACUUAACUGGGUUGGAAACACUUGAUCUCUCAUUCAAUCACCUUUUAGGACAAAUUCCCCAAAGCUUUUCUUCUUUGACAUUAUUGUCUCACUUGAACUUGUCUUAUAACAACCUGUCCGGAAGAAUUCCUUCAGGCCCCCAACUCCAAACACUGGAUAGUUCUUCGUAUGUGGGGAAUCCAUCACUCUGUGGGUUUCCUGUCUUAACCAAGUGCGAGGGAGAUGACACAUCUACACUACAAACUUUUCUUGGAGGAGACAGUCAAGAUGAAGAUGAGAAUGAAAAGCUUGGUUUCUAUAUCAGCAUGGUCCUCGGGUUCAUCCUAAGCUUUUGGGGAGUUUGUGGCACAUUACUCAUAAAGAAGUCAUGGAGGUAUGCCUAUUUUCAAUUCUUUGACAACUUGAAAGAUAAAAUAGCAGUAGCAAUUACACUGAAGGUUGCCCGUUUGCAAAGAAGAUUGUGAUCAAGAAAUGAAACAAUAAAAGUUGUCAUACAAUAAGAAUGAUCGAUGUAUAUCCUCUCUCAAUACUGUAAUGUAAUUUACCACUUGUAAACAAUAAAUCAGAUGAAGUAUAGUAUGAUGCCAA